AUGCCGAUAAAAGCAGAAACUUUCAGUAAGCCCUCGGCCUCCACCGGACGCGGCCAGUUAGAGACAGAAAGGAGGUGGUGCUCCACCGGUAAAGCCACCGAUUUCCCGAUAAGUCGAGAAAAAGUGUUCGAGAUGUUUGCAAAAUUAAGGAAACAGAAUGUCCACACAGUAACAAUCCUGGUGAUGGGGAAAGGUGAUGUCGGUAAGUCUUCCACCAUAAAUUCCAUUAUAGGGGAACGAAUGGUGCCUGCUGGUGCUUUUAUGUCAGAAACCCCACGUCCCGUGCUGGUCUCACGGUCACGAUUAAGAUUUGGUAUUAUAUUGAACAUUAUCGACACUCCAGGGCUUGUCGAUGGAGGAUACAUCAACGGACAGGUGCUGGAUGCCACAAAAAGGUUCCUCAAGGGAAAAACUGUAGAUGUCUUGCUUUACGUGGACCGUUUGGAUUCGUACAGAGUUGAUGAUUUGGACAAACAGGUCGUGAAAGCCAUCACCGAUAGUUUUGGCAAAGAAAUAUGGCACAAAACAGUGGUUGUACUCACUCACGCUCAGUUCUCACCUCCGGAUUCUUUGGGUUUUGAGGAGUUCUUUUACAGCAGAUCAGAAUCCGUUUUGAAAUGUGUACGGGAAGGGGCUCGGAUGAGCAAAAAAGAUGUUCAAGAAUUUUCUAUUCCUGUUGCUUUGGUUGAGAACAGUUGGAGGUGUAACAAGAAUGAACACGAUGAAAAGAUCCUUCCAAAUGGCACUCCAUGGAUUCCUAAUAUUCUUGGUACCAUCACCGAUAUCGCCUUAAAUGGAAAAAAGGGUAUCCUCAUCGACCAAAAGUUGAUUGACCGUCCGAAUGCUAACGGGAGAGGAAAAGUAUUCAUCCCUUUAAUCCUUGCAUUCCAAUACUUCUUUGUCAUCAACCCAAUCCGUAGGCAGAUUAAAAACGAUGUUGCUAGAGAAACACGUCCUUAUGGGCGUGAACAAUCGUUAACUUCCAGUUGA